AAAAAAAAAACAAAAAAUUGUAUAUAAGUUUUCAACAAAGCAACGAUAAAUUGUAUCUAUGGUGGGAAGAAGGAUGGGGGAAGGUCUUUAUAAGAUGAUUCGCCGUUUUUUUAGUAAAAAUUUGCAAAAAUACAAGCAAAGUUGUACCCAAUUAUUAAAAUUGAGCAAAAACGAAGCACGAAAUAUUAUCGACACUAUGGAGACGAUAUUGUGCGAUGCGGAUGGCGUUCUAUGGCUUUAUUAUGGUCCCGUUUCAGACUCGCCAAGGAUUUUCAAUUGUUUAAGAGAGCGCGGUAAAAAGUGUUAUAUUUGUACGAACAAUUCCACGCGAUCACGUGAAGGCUUACUUAAAAAAGCUUUACAGUAUGGCUUUCAAAUUAAUAUUCAGAAUAUCUUAACGUCCGCUCAUACUUUGGCUCAUUAUCUUAAAGAUUUGGAAUUUCUCAACACUGUAUACAUUAUUGGUAAAGAAGGUAUAGCCCAAGAGCUGGACGCUGUAGAUAUUAAACAUACCCAAACGGGACCAGACAUAUUAAAUUGUACUCUAGAUGAAUACAUUGAACAUAUUCGACUCGAGAGUGAUGUGGGCGCUGUGGUAGUGGGCUUUGACGAUCACAUCAGUUUUCCAAAAUUGAUGAAAGCUCUACAUUAUCUGGAGGGAGGCGAGCGAUGCUUGUUUUUAGCCACAAACACUGAUGAAACAUUUUCGCGCACGAGUGUGAUAUGCCCCGGUUCCGGCGUUAUAGUCCGGUCAGUGGAAUUCGGCGCCAAGCGCACAGCUACAAUUAUAGGCAAGCCUAGUACUUACUUAUGUAGCAGCCUAAUAAAAAGUGGAGAAUUGCGGCCUGAAACUACUCUAAUGAUAGGCGAUAGAGGUAACAUCGACAUAUUAUUUGGGUAUAAUUGCGGGUUUCAUACAAUGCUUGUGGGCAGCGGCAUUCACGGUCUGGACGAUGUGCGUAAAUGGCGAAAUUCGAACGAUCCCGAAUUAUAUAAACAAGUGCCGGAUUUUUAUUUACCCAAAUUCGGCGAUCUUAUGCAAAUAUUAUAUCACUGAAAAAGCUGAGUGUGCUCU